GAGGGUAGCCCUCUGCGAACCCUUCUCUCUCUGGUUUACCUUCGUCACAGCCUUCAGCUACUCUCUAUCUCUCUGACCGUCCCCUUAUCAUCGUUUCCCCUUGCCGCCUGGUUCCUUGGUGCUCGGUGCCGCCGUCGAUUCACGAACACAAAGUAGGCUGGGUCGCCGUCGAUUCACAAACACGAAUCGACGUUUCGGUGCUCGUUGCCGCCGUGGAGAUAUUGUCUCGUAAAUCACACCUCAGAGAGAUUUUUAAUGUCCACUUUCUGGUUCUGCUGAAAGGGCUUUGACGAAGAAGUAGAAUAAUUGAGGUAAUCAGUGACCAAACAUGGCUUCGUUGUUCAAGGAUCCUAACAAGCUUUCAGCCUAUCGAGACAGAAGGUUUCCAGGAACACAGGAAGAUUUUGAGCAUGCACUCCAGAUCUCGACUACUGUUUAUGUUGGCAACAUGUCCUUUUAUACUACAGAAGAACAAGUCUAUGAGCUGUUCUCUCGAGCUGGAGAAAUUAAAAAGAUAAUCAUGGGUUUAGACAAGAACACAAAAACUCCUUGUGGCUUCUGUUUUGUCCUGUACUACUCAAGAGAUGAUGCUGAAGACACUGUGAAAUAUAUAAGCGGGACAAUUCUCGAUGAUCGUCCCAUUCGUGUGGAUUUUGAUUGGGGAUUCCAAGAGGGAAGGCAGUGGGGUCGUGGUCGAAGUGGUGGACAGGUGCGGGACGAAUAUCGCACAGAUUAUGAUCCUGGUAGAGGUGGAUAUGGAAAGUUGGUCCAGAAAGAGCUGGAAGCACAAAGACAGCUGGUAGAUUAUGGUGCUGGAUCAUUGGGCUCUUUCCCACCUGUUGUGCCAUCUCACUAUGGUAGACAUGGUGGAGACCGUGGUCAUGGGGGCUCUCAUCGACAUGGUAGAGAUUACCAUCGAAAGCGACAAAGAGAAGAUGACCGCCAUGGGCCUGAGAUGUCAAAGAGAAGUUCAGAUCAUGAACCCUGGAGAAACCCUCAUCCUGACUCAAGACCGGAGAAGAAUCCUCGCUUCCGUGAGAGUGGCGACUCCGAUGAGGAUGAGGAAGAUGAUCGCAAGAGACGGCCUUAGGUGAUUUUUGUUUUUUGUUUUGCUAAGUGACGGCCUUGGGUGAUUUUCAUUUGCUGCUUUAUGAUUUAUGAAGAAAAUGGUUGUACACCUCAGCAUCCGUGAUCCAAACAAGGGAGUCCUAAUCAAAUUUAGCAUACAAUGAGUUCUACCAUCUGCUACUAGAAGCAAUCAUAUUCUUCUAUUUGAAGACCUCA